AACCAGUGAAAGCUGAAAGCUCGGCAAAAUUACGUAUACGUAACAAAAAUACAGUGAAAAGAACGGCAAAAUCGAAAGUGUCAAUUUAGCAUAAGUACCAAAGUCAACAUGUCACUUCGCUCUCCGCUCAGUGUUUUGUGUGUGCUGUUCCUUUUUACAACUCUCAUGGAGGUUGAAGGACACGACAGUAUCGACGAAAUAAUGAAAGAAAUUAGUGAGACCAAUCCAAAUCCAAAUCCAAGGCAGGAAAUGGAAGAUGAGAUUGUGAAUCUUUUUAGAACGGAGUUGAAGAAAGUUAUGGACAAAUAUUACAAGAGCUGUGAUAACAGCUUGAACACAUCUGACGAUAAUGAACAACCGAGCUCAGAUGAGGAACCCAUGUUGUGCGGAUAUCAAAAAGAGUGUGUGGAUAGAUGGCUCUGUAGAAAUGCUACCUUUGAUGAAUCGGAGGAAGACUGCUCACAAAUACAAGCCUGUUGUCACAUUGAUGAUAAGUUGGACAAAACGUUGCAGCCGUAUUCCUGCGGUCAUCGCAAUCCUAAUGGUGUUGGAUUCGAAAUUCCAAAUGAUGUUGCAGACGAAGCUAACUUCGGCGAAUUUCCCUGGAUGGUAGCUAUUAUGCGAGAAGAAAAGCAUAUGGGGGAUGGUGCUUUGCUUUCAGCCAAUCUUGUACUUUCGAGCAUUGAAGUCAUGCACGACAUUCUAGAAGCACAAUUAAUAGCUGUGGCUGGCGAAUGGAAUUUGAAUAAUACAAAUGAGACUUUUCCAAUUCAGAGCCGAAUAAUCGACAAGAUAGUUCCCCAUUUCGACCGUAACGUUACUGACAUGGCUCUAAUGUACCUCCACUGGCCAUUUAUUAUGAGUCCACAUAUCAGACCUAUAUGCUUGCCAAAUGCUGAUGAACUUUUCGAUAUAACUGGCUGUUUUAUGACAGGUUGGGAAAGUAAUAGCAAGUCCAGUGUAUUAAAGAAAAUAAGGUUACCUAUUAACUGGAACAUUUGCAAUGAAGGAAAUGAACUCAAAUCAUUAUUGUGCAAUCCUGAGCCUGAAACGUUUUGGGACCUUGACUCUCACUUUGCCGGUUGGCCCAUAGUCUGUCCCCUGGGGAGAGAUUCAAAAUAUCGUUAUACCCUAGCUGGACUCGUUUCCUGGGAUGGCCACAAUGUAUUACAUAACCAUAUUUCAAAACUAAGCGUUUUGAUUCAAGGCGUUCAAGAGAACAAUACAAUCACAACAUUAUUUUACGCUUUAGAUGCAGGCUCAAGCAAAUAUGUAGCAACUAAUCAAAUAAUUGAUGAUUAUAUUGUGUUUGAACUAUCUAAUCUUUAAGUUGGAAACUUCAAUCAAAAAUAAAAAAUUCAACUGUA